AUGAUGAUUCUUUCACUUCUCGCCUGGUUUCGGCGGCUCUACUCGCUUGAUACUUUGGAUACGCGAUUCACCGUUCCCGCCAACACCCCUAUCAAGCUCGCCGCGGAGGACACGCGAUCCGGCCCUGCGAAAGAUGCCCGCUCCAACGCUGUCGCCAGUGGCGCCUCCCCUUCAAAAUGGGGCACUCUCGAGUUCUAUGUUUACUACGUUGUUUUCCUCAUAGCUAUUCCGUUGAUGUUCAAGACCGUGGUUGAUGUUUCACAAGAAUCACAUCCCACCUACCCAACAUACUCUCACCUGCUCUCUCAAGGCUGGAUACCAGGUCGGAAAGUGGAUAACUCGGACGCGCAAUACUCGGGCUUCCGUGAUAAUAUCCCCUAUCUCCUCGUCCUUUUAGUCGCACACCCCUGUCUUCGCCGUGUAUACGAAUACUUUUCUCAUACCUCGAAUGUAAUUACUGUCAAUAGUACCUCCGUUACGGUCGCGGGAGACGCACGCGCUGCCCGACGCAUCCAGUUCGACUAUCAUUUCGCCCUAUUGUUUAUAACAGCCCUGCAUGGUAUAUCUGCAAUCAAGAUCUUGGUCAUUCUUUACCUGAAUUACAAAAUCGCCAAAGUCCUUCCACGGAAGUACGUUCCAGCCGCUACUUGGACCUUCUGCAUAGGGACGCUUUUCGCCAAUGAGUUCUGCGGUGGUUAUCCACUUGAACGCAUCGUUACCUUCUGGACUACCGCGGGGGAUGUGGUUGGUCAGGAUUCGGCUUUGAUACAAUGGGCACGGAGCUUGGACGAUUUUGGUGGCCUGAUGCCACGUUGGGAGGUCCUGUUCAAAAUCACGAUCCUACGGCUGAUCAGCUUCAACAUGGACUAUUAUUGGAGCCUUGACUUUCCCGCUACGAGUCCAAUUGAAAAACAACUCGAUCCGGCAGCGCUCUCCGAGCGUGAUCGGGUCAAGAUUCCUGCCGAACAGUCCGCCUUCAAUGGCCGCAACUAUGUCGCUUAUAUCCUCUAUUCACCCUUGUAUCUAACAGGGCCCAUCGUGACCUUCAACGACUAUAUAUCGCAGCAGAAAUACGCACCGCAGUCCCUAACCAAAUCCCGCACAAUCCUUUAUGGAACACGCUUCUUCUUAACUCUGCUUUCAAUGGAGUUGAUUCUACAUUUCACCUAUGCGGUAGCAAUUUCCAACUCUUCGCCAAACUGGUCUCUCUACACUCCAGGGCAACUCAGCAUGCUGGCAUUCUUUAAUCUACACAUCAUCUGGCUGAAGCUUCUCAUCCCGUGGCGUUUCUUCCGCCUCUGGGCUCUUCUUGACGGCAUCGAUCCUCCGGAAAAUAUGGUUCGCUGUGUUUCAAACAACUAUUCUGCCUUUGCCUUCUGGCGUGGCUGGCACCGUUCCCUCAAUCGCUGGGUCGUCCGUUAUCUCUAUGUCCCUCUGGGUGGUGGAAAUAACCGCUCAGCGCCAAACAGCGGAAAGCCACAGUCGUCCCUCUUCUCCAAAGCGCGCCAGAUAUUCAACUUCCUCGUCGUAUUUACUUUUAUAGCUCUUUGGCACGAUAUCAACCUCCAACUCCUGAUGUGGGGAUGGCUCAUCACGCUCUUUGUCUUGCCCGAGGUCAUUGGUACCCUCCUAUUCCCUGCUAGCCGAUGGCGCUCCCGCCCGAAUGCGUACCGCGUUAUCUGCGGUAUUGGAGCGGUAGGCAAUGUCCUCAUGAUGAUGAUCGCGAACCUAGUCGGUUUCGCUUUAGGCGUGGAUGGGAUUAAAGGCCUGUUGUCUCAGUUGUUGGGGAGUUAUGCUGGCUUGGUGUAUCUCGUCUCGGCAUGCUGUGCGUUGUUCGUUGGCGUACAGGUCAUGUUCGAAAUCCGGGAGGAGGAGUUACGAGCUGGGAUACGGAUGAAGUGCUGA